CCCCAGAGUGAGCCAGGGCAGUUGCACUGAACUUCCUAGCACAAGGAAAUUACAUAGACAGUUGCUUUAGUGCUGCAUAUGGACCAUAUGUUUUCUAGCAUAGGUGAAAUGUCAACAAAAGUGCCAAACAUUAAACUGAAAAUUGAUCCUCGGAAUCUGCAGAUCCAGACAUUUACAGUGGAGAAAUUACUGGAACCACUGAUAAUUCAGGUUACAACAUUAGUAAACUGUCCACAGAAUCCUUCUACUAAGAAAAAGGGCCGUUCCAAAAGAGCUCGUGUCUUGCUUGCUUCUGUGGAAGAAGCCACUUGGAAUCUGUUGGACAAGGGAGAAAAAAUUGCCAAGGAAGCAGUUGUGUUUAAAGAGGAACUUCAUGCAGCACUCGCUGAUGUGCGGAAGGAGAGUCGGGCCCUGCAGGUGUCAGCAGAGGCGUUCACCAGCGAUCCCUGCUCCCUGCCCCGGCGCCAGGCUGUUGUCCCAGCCGCUCGCUCCCUGCUGGCCGCCGUCACCAGGCUCCUCGUUCUGGCCGACAUGGUGGACGUGGCCUAUCUGCUGCAGCACCUGACUGUGUUUCAAAGAACAUUUGAAUCUUUAAAAAAUGUAUCCAGUAAAUCUGAUCUACAGAAAACCUACCAAAAGUUUCAAAAAGAUCUGGAAAAUCUUGAUUACUUGGCAUACAAACGUCAGCAGGAUUUGAAAUCUAGCAAUCAGCGAGAUGAAAUUGCUGCAGCACGUGUAUCCCUGAAGGAAAAUUCUGCUUUCCUACAUUCAAUAUGUUCAGCUUGUUUGGAACAUUCAGAUGUUGCAUCCCUUACAGCCAGCAAGGAUUCAAUUUGCAAUGAAAUACAGAAUGCUCUCAAUGUAAUUUCUAAUGCUUCCCAAGGAGUUGGAAAUAAAGUGGAGCAGCCUGCAUCUCGCACAGCUACUCUUGGAAGUGCACUUGAUGAGCUUGAGAAUUUAAUAGUCCUGGAUCCUCUGGCAGUGAGCGAAGAGAAGGUGAGGCCGUCCCUGGAGCAGCGGCUGGAGGCGAUCAUCAGCGGGGCCGCGCUGCUGGCCGACUCCUCGUGCACGCGGGACUCGCACCGCGAGCGCAUCAUCGCCGAGUGCAGCGCCAUCCGCCAGGCCCUGCAGGAGCUGCUGGCCGAGUACCUGCGCUCCACUGACAAGGCAGAGAGAAGCAAUGCCCUGAAUGUUGCCAUAGACAGUAUGUGCAAGAAGACCAGAGACCUCCGCAGACAGCUCCGGAAAGCCAUUAUAGAUCACAUCUCAGACUCCUUCUUAGACACCACUGUUCCACUGCUAGUUCUCAUUGAAGCUGCUAAAAAUGGAAGAGAGAAAGAAAUAAAGGAAUAUGCUGCUAUAUUUCGAGAACAUACCAGCAGGCUUGUGGAGGUUGCCAAUCUUGCUUGUUCGUUGUCAACAAAUGAAGAUGGAACGAAAAUUGUCCAAAUGGCAGCAAAUCACAUUGAGACUUUGUGCCCACAGGUUAUUAAUGCUGCUUUAGCUCUUGCUGCCAGACCAAAAAGUCAAGUUGUGAAAAACACCAUGGAGAUGUAUAGGAGUACAUGGGAGAACCACAUCCAUGUUCUUACUGAAGCUGUGGAUGAUAUAACAAGUAUUGAUGAUUUCCUUGCUGUAUCAGAGAGCCACAUCCUGGAGGACGUGAACCGCUGCAUCGUGGCGCUGCGGGAGCAGGACGCCGAGGGCCUGGACUGUGCUGCGGGCGCCAUCCGCGGCCGCGCUGCCAGGGUCGCGCACGUCGUGGCCGGGGAGAUGGACAACUACGAGCCAGGAGCGUACACCCAGGGGGUCAUGGGCCACGUGCAGCAUCUCUCCGGGGCUGUGAUUCCAGAGUUUAUUAGUCAAGUAAAUAUUGCAUUGGAGAGCUUAGGCAAGAACACAAUGCAUCUGUUUGAUGACAACCAGUUUGUUGACAUUUCCAAGAAGGUGUAUGAUACGAUUCACAACAUCAGGUGCUCUGUCAUGAUGAUUCGGACGCCCGAGGAGCUGGAGGACGUGUCUGACCUGGAGGAGGAGCAGGACGCGCGCAGCCGCGCCAGCGCCCAGACUGAGGGCAAGACUGACCGGGCCAAGAUGACUCAACUGCCAGAAGCUGAAAAGGAAAAGAUAGCUGAGCAAGUGGCUGAUUUCAAAAAAGUCAAGAGUAAGCUUGAUGCAGAGAUUGAAAUCUGGGAUGAUACCAGCAAUGACAUAAUUGUUCUUGCCAAGAGGAUGUGUGUGAUUAUGAUGGAGAUGACUGACUUCACAAGGGGAAGAGGCCCACUGAAGCACACGUCUGAUGUCAUCAACGCCGCCAAGGUGAUCUCGGAGUCAGGCUCGCGCAUGGACGUCCUGGCGCGGCUCAUCGCUGAGCAGUGCCCAGACCAGUCCUGCAAACAGGAUUUACUAGCUUACCUAGAACAGAUCAAACUGUACUCCCACCAGCUCAAGAUCUGCAGCCAGGUUAAAGCAGAAAUCCAGAAUCUCGGUGGAGAGCUCAUCAUGUCUGCGCUGGACAGCGUCACUUCACUAAUUCAGGCUGCCAAAAACUUAAUGAAUUCUGUGGUGCAGACAGUGAAGAUGUCCUAUAUUGCAUCCACAAAGAUCAUCAAGAUUCAGAGUCCUAAUGGCCCACGACAUCCAGUUGUGAUGUGGAGAAUGAAGGCUCCAGAGAAGAAGCCCCUGAUUAAAAGAGAGAAGCCAGAAGAAAUCUAUGCUGCUGUCAGAAAAGGUUCUGCAAAGAAGAGAAUCCAUCCUGUGCAAGUCAUGAGUGAAUUCAGAGGCAGAGAAAUAGUCUAAUAUUUUGCCACUAUGUUUUCUUACCUCGAAUUUCCCAUGAUAUUUCAUCUUUUCCCCUACUUACUUAAUAAUUAUAUAUGUCAAUAUUUUGCUCUAAAUCUGUAAGAUAACACUUGCUUAAAUUAUUUGAAAGUGCUCUUGGAUUAGUUAGAAGCACACAGUUGAAAAUAAUACAGAUUCCCCUGCAGUGGCAAGCUCAGGUGUCUCUGCACGGCUGGGCCCAUGCUGCAGUGGGGAGGGGGCAAUGUGCCAGGUGCCCAAAGCCUCAGUCACCAGGCCUCAGGAGCCCCCCCAGCAGGGGACAGAGUGGCCCCACUGCAGUGGGUCUGUGGUGUGACACACAGGGUUCCUAACUGGGCCAGGUCCCCCAUGGGCAUCAUCACCCCGUGACCAGGUCGGCUGAGCCCAGACUCUGGGCCCUAAAGCUGGUUCCAGACUGCAGCAUCCAAAGACUUGUCUGUGGCCAAGACCACGCCUUGGAAAUGUAAGCUUGAAAAUGUUUGAUGAAACACACAAAGUGUUGGAACAACAUGGAUGUAAUCAUGUAGUAAAGAAAGCACUGCAAGCAGCAGGGGUGACAGCUCUUCAGAAGGCCUUUGGAAACAUGAACAGGAAUCUGUGUUCUGCUCCCUGCUCUCUCCUGUGAGCCCCAAUAAAUCUGCUGGCUGUUGUAUUUGGCAGUUCAGAUAAAUCAGACAUUAACAAUAAUAAACUUUACUAAUUGCUGCACGAAAGAAGAUAAAUAAUUAUUCUGAGACAAGUAUGUGAAAUACACAUAUCUUGAAUCUUUGGAAUGGGGAGACUUUUCCAAAGCAAAUGCAGGGAAUGGCUUUACUUCUGACAGACUUUGUAAAUGCAGAACUCUGCUGGUGAGUGCUGAAUGGCUGCACUCCAAGUGUGUCAUGAAGGUAAAUCCUGCUAGUCCAGAUGUCUCCAAUGUACUUAAGAAAAACUAGGUUUUUAAAAUACUUUUGAAUCUGAAAUCCACUUGGAUUAUUUUUUUUAGAAGGAUCUAACUUGCCUUUUUGCCAUGUCAUGAAUUCUUCCCAGACUACAUUUGUUACUCAAGAUGUCUUUGCUUAGCCAUUCUGUAGAUCCUUUGGCGUGGCCUUCUACAUUUGCUAAGGUGGAAGGGCUUCCUCAAAAGCCAGAGCUUCCUGUGUGUCACUGACUGUCAUUAUGGGAUGGCUCCACAUUCUGGGCCUCUGCUCCAGGUCCUUUAUUAUCAUACUUGCACAGCAGUGCCUGACCUAGCCCAGUGUGGGCAGCAGGAAUAACCCCAAACUGUGCCUUUCCUCUUGGGGCUGCUGUGUUUGCAAGCUCAGGACACUGAGGCAGGGCAAUUUCUGGGCGGCUGGUUAUAAAACCCUGUGAAACUACAGUGCUCAUGAAUUAAAAAUUCUACAGAUCAUUCUUCCACCUUGCCUAACCUUGCAAUCAGUUAAAUGGAACAGAAGGAGGAGUUUGGAAGAAAAUCACCUUUUUCCAACUCCCGUUCUCUCCAGCAUGUUUGCAGCAAGAUGUCAAUAAUGUCUCCUGCCUUUGCUGCUCCUCCCAGGGCUCCAGAGGCAGCAGGUAAGCUGACACAGCCUUGUGAGCUGCUCUGGGGGUAUGACUGUCCUGAAACCCUCCUGUCUCCAGGUUACACCUUUGAUCCUGGUCACCUUGAUGUCAAGCAUUUGUAAUAAUGCCUUGGUACCACGUUAUUAAUAAAAAAGCACGUACACCCCUGAGAAGCUGUCGUCAAUGUUGUGGGAUUUUUUCAGUGUGUUUGAAGUUCAAGACCUGCCAGGUGUGCUCACAGAAGCACCAGCCUUCCUUCCAGCACACUGUGUGUGCUCCAUUAGCUGCUCUGCAGGAGAGUUUUCCAGCACCAGUAUCACUAAAGCACAUUUUACUGCUUCAUUUCAGGCUCCUUCCUGCACUGCCAGUCCGUGCUCCUUCCCUGGCCAUGCUCAGUAGCCAGUUUGAUUUCAACACAGCAACUUAUUACAUAAAAAACACCCUCUAAAUGAACAAGGAAUUUAAAACCCCACUG